AUGGCAUUCCUUUUCAAAAGUAAGAAGAAUGGAGACAGGUCACAAAUCCUGAGGGACGGCUCAAAAGCCAGCGCAGGGUUGCCGGCCACGAAUCAAGGUGUCAAUUUUCGUAUCAACGAGAAAGGAAUUGGCUAUCCUCCUCCCGCCAUCAAUGGCUUGAACGAGACUGCUGCUCCAUCUCCCGCUGCGCCAGCGGGAACACCCAGCCCAGAGCAAAUUAAUGGCCGUCGCACAAUACCACUGGAUCAAUCGCAAGACCUUCCCUUGCGCAGUGGGACGGCACCAGCUGUUCAGCCUAUGGCUGCAAAUCCAAAUUCUUUGUAUCCAUGGUCUCAAGCACGAUUGACUUACACUACUGCGCUUCAGGGGCCUUUCCCCCGUUACGGAGCUGCUGUAAACGCAACAGCCUCCAAAGAAGGCAAUAUUUACUUGAUGGGCGGUCUCAUUAACAGCUCUAUGGUAAAGGGUGAUUUAUGGAUGGUGGAAGCCGGUGGGAAUAUGGCAUGCUAUCCGCUAUCUACAACAGCAGAGGGACCGAAUCCUAGGGUUGGUCAUGCUAGUUUACUUGUUGGGAAUGCGUUCAUCAUAUAUGGAGGUGACACCAAAAUGGAAGAUUCAGAUAUCUUAGACGAAACCCUAUACUUAUUAAAUACAUCUACGAGACAAUGGUCAAGAGCUGUGCCAGCAGGACCCAGGCCUACUGGUAGAUACGGGCAUUCUUUAAAUAUUCUAGGGUCCAAGAUUUACGUUUUUGGAGGUCAAGUAGAAGGAUACUUUAUGAAUGAUCUAGUCGCGUUCGACCUAAACCAACUUCAAGUUCCCACUAACAGGUGGGAAAUGCUCAUUCGAAAUAGCGAUGAGGGGGGACCACCACCAGGCCAAAUUCCACCUGCAAGAACCAAUCACUCGAUUGUGACAUACAACGAAAAGCUUUUUCUAUUUGGAGGAACUAAUGGUUUUCAAUGGUUCAACGAUGUUUGGUCAUAUGAGCCCACUUCAAAUUCUUGGGCCUCUCUCGACUGUAUUGGAUACAUACCAUCUCCACGUGAGGGUCAUGCAGCAGCAAUUGUCGACGACGUUAUGUAUAUUUUUGGGGGCAGAACAGAGGACGGCUCAGAUCUCGGGGAUUUGGCUGCGUUUAGAAUACCUUCAAGACGCUGGUACACAUUUCAAAACAUGGGUCCAUCACCUUCGCCAAGGUCCGGCCAUAGCAUGACUGCUCAUGGAAAGCAAAUAAUAGUCCUAGCUGGGGAACCUAGCUCUGCAACCAGAGAAGUUGGUGAUCUGUCGAUAGUUUACAUCCUAGACACCACCAAAAUCAGGUAUCCUAACGAUCAUCCAACUCAAUUGGGUUCCGACCGCAUUCCUGGAGGACGACGCCCUAGUACAUCUGAUAAAGCCCUUCCGUCUACCACCCGUGGGACAUCUAUACGGGAUGCUAUGACGUCACCCGAGGCCAAAAAAUCAAACGAGAUCGUAGCUCGUGGAAAUAGCCAAAAUAACUCUAACUGGGGUGAGAUGAAUGGAAUCGCUACUUCAACACACACGCAACCCUCUCUACAAGGACAGCUGGUUAAUUCAAAAUUGCCAAGAGCAACUCCGUCGCAAACAUCUUCAGGCCCACCUCCGCAACAGCAGGCUCCAACUCCAAGAUCCAACAGUGCGACAUCUAACGCAGUUGGUCGAAAUAGAUCACAAGCAAGGCAUGAGACUGGUAGAAGCUCUUCCGUAGAUGUUACCGCACGAAACGGUGAUAUUCCCUCCGGUGUAUCACCGACACAUAGUAUUACUACGUCUCUAUUAUCAAAAGACGGUUCAAAAGAGGCCUUGGCUGAAAACAGGAAAGUACUAGCCGGGCAAUCUCCACCAGCAAGCAAACCAAGCUCUACUGAAAAUGGCCCCCCAGUUAGCAUGAAUACAAUAGGCUCUGGAUCACUCCGUCCAUCAUCAAGAAAUCGUUCUAAUCGUCAGCAGAGUUCUGUGGACAGUACCAAUGAUCACUCCUCCUUACGGAAUGUGAUAAACUCCCGGCAGACCUCACCACCCCCCUCAAACCGAAAUUUAAUUAACCCACUAGUUAGAAAAGGCUCUGCACGAAACUCGCAAGCUGUCUCUCUUCUCAAAGAACUUGAUGUCGCCAAAAAUCGCAACGCUUGGUAUGCAUCAGAGUUAGAACUUGCAAGAAAAGCGGGCUAUACACCAACCACGCCAAAUUGUUUAGAUCACAAGUCUUUGGAAACUUUUGAUGAUGAUGACAAGCCCCUUAUUGAGGCACUAAUUUCAAUGAAGACAGAACUUGCCAAUGUUCAGGGGUCUAUUGACAGACAAGCUAUACUAGCUGCGAAGCAAAUUUCUGAAGUAGAAAAGCAACGAGAUUCUGCUGUGCGUGAAGCCAUAUAUGCGAAGGCAAAACUUGCUGCACACUGCGGUAAUCAAGAUAGUAUCUUGACUCCUGACAGCGAGUCGUAUGAUGUGGGAACUCUGGCGAAUGAUAGGGCUGUAGAUAUUAGUAGGAAGCUUGCUACAGCACUCUCUGAUCAAAAUAAGUUACAGAGCACAAUUGAGGCACUAAAUACUGAGUUAGAGGCGGAAAAGCGAAGCAAAAAAGUGGCUGAAGAAAUAGCCAAGACCUCUCAAGCUCGGAUCUCAGAGCUUGAAAGCUACAAGCAGCAGAACUCAAGCGAAGUAGAACGUUUGAAAGCUGAAUUACAUGAAUCCCAGGUCAUGUUCAGGAAGGAAUCAAUCGCUUGCGCCGAAGCAGUCGCAUCUGCUCAAUUACUUCAAGCCGAUAAGGAUGAACUUGAUGUUAAAUUUCUUAACGCCCUAGGCUCAUCUAAAGAUACAGAGAACACCUUUGCCUCUCUCCAAGAGGCCAUGGGAUCACUUGUUGAGACGCGUAGUCUGCUACAAAGGCAGCUAGACGACGAGCGUUUGGAAAGAGAGAAGUCCGAAGCUAAACUGUCGCAAAUAAGAUUUGAACAUGAGAGUUGUACAACUCGACUAGAAGCAAUAACGCGGAAGCUACAAUGCGCAGAAGAACUAAUCCAAACACAAGAAAAUGAGGCCAAAUCCCAAUGGCAAGCUAUUCAGGCAGGACUGGCUCGCGUAGUAUCUGUUGAAGUCGAUACUCCAAAACAAGCAAACGAUCAGCGACUCGUUGCACUCCAAACCCAAGUUCAAACGGCAAAUGACCUGGUCCGAAAAUAUCAAGCGGCAGCUGACACUGCCUCAGAAAAACUACGGAGUGCAGAAGAACGUAUUGCUGGCUUGGAGGCCUAUCAAGAACAAGCAAGUCGUGAGGGUAUGUCUAUACGAAAACAACUUCAAGCCUCCAUGAGAGAAAUACAGUCUCUUCAAGCUUCAAAUACAGAAAUGAAGUAUCAGCUUGAAAAUCAACAAUUAGAAUCUAACGCAGUACAUGUACAGCACAAUACUUUGAAAUACAUAUUAGAGGAACGUAGUGUGACUCCAACAAAGAACUCUAGAACUCGUGGUCUCUCAAGCCCACCUUCAAUGUCUGAUACCACCGAUGUAUCCCAGAUAAAGACUCUUGAACAACAACUACUAUCAAGCCUUGAGGCUCAAGAAGAAACAAAGCAGAUGUAUGAAGCUCGUGAACAAGAAUCAGAACGUCUGUACAGAGAAAAACUUACUCAGCUCGAAAGUGAUUACCAAUCUGCCGUAAAUUAUGUGAAGGGAACUGAAAAAAUGCUUAAACGUCUCAAUGAUGAGCUUACACGUUAUAAAUCAGAUAAUAUUCGAUUAAAUGAGCGGAUAUCAGGGGUCGAAGAAGGAACGGCUGGCGGAAAUAAAGCAGUUAUGUGGGAAAAUGAGCGCUCCGAGCUUUACAAGCAAAUUAAAUUGCUGCAAGGAGAGUUGAAAAUUCCUUCUAAGCAAUUUGAACAGGAAUUGGCAGAUGUUCGAAAUAAGCUCUUAUCGGCUGAACAGGAACGCGAUACAUUAAAGCGUGAUCAAGAAGAUCUACAGAAUCGAGUCAAGGCUGACCUAGCAAAAGUACAGGAACAGAAGGCUCUUUUGUUGAAGCGUGCAGAAGAAGCAGAACGCAAAGUGUCCGUUCUAUUGGAUCAAGUUGAGCAAUCAGUAGAUAUCUAUCGUCGAAAUUCACGAUCUAUAGACCAUCGUAGUGCUACGCCUACUGCUGCCUCUACAGCUCUGUACCAACGCAGCCCCCUGGUAACCGAUUCUACAUCAGAGGCAUCAUAUGAAAGUGGAAAUCGUAGCUCGAUGGCACUUGAUAGCCUUGCCAAUGAAUUGGAAACAUUACGUUCACACUGGCAGAACACCAAUAAAAAUUAUCGGCUCAGCAAUGCAUUUGAUUUCGAUGAACGAACUGUAUCAACGAAAGGGCCAGAUGAAAUGUUGACAGCACCAAACGUUGGGGAAGGGCUAACCAGCAGCCUUGCUAGCUGGAGAAAACGGUUAGACUCUGAUCAGGCAGUGGUACCUAGCCAAAUAAACGGACCAACUGAAAAUAUCGUCAACUCGACUUCCGCAAAGAGCGAAGCCCAGCCCAGUGAACUGAGCGCGAAUAACUUAGAGAAUGGCGAACUAAAUGCUAUCUGA